GAAACAGCAGACCACACCGGCGAGCUCACCUUUCUCCGCAUCGUCGAGGGAAAUUUCAAAAUCGCCUCAGUCCUAAGCCGAAUCGAAAGUCGCGUCAGUGUGCACCCAGCAGUGAUAACGUCCACACGGUCCAAAAUGCCCACAUAACCCUCUCGCGAACCAGACUGUGCUCUAGUACCGUGUGUCCCAAAAAUGGCCCAAACGCCCCUCGUGCUGCUGCUGUUGUUGUGUGUGAGCAGUGCCCUAACCGAACCGACAAGAUACAAUUCGUCCGAUCUUUCCUACCUAUCAAACGGUAUUCAGUUCCCGGUUCCGGCCUCAGAGUUGCAUAAUCCAGCUGUAGAGGAAAUUUUUCAGGACGUGUCGGAAGUCCGGUGGUUGGCCGAACUGUUCGACCACCUAAAAUGGGCCGGAAAGCUCAAAGUGCUGAACGAGACGAGGUGUCAGACAGACCUGGAGCUGUAUGUCGAAGAGUUGCUGAAUGGGACUUCCUGGGCGGCCAAAAUGUACGACUCAUCUGGUCGCUACUCGGGCCAGUUCUUCUUCGGUAACGACUACUGGCUGGGUUCGAAAACCCUCUGCGAAGAGCUAACCAACCCUGAGACCAACCCGGAGAUCCCUCCCUUUCCUGUCACCUUCCUGAUGGCCAAAGUUCGGCUCAACAUCAACCGAAAUCUAACACCAGUGACCAGACAGUUGAAUGUCGGCGAAUGUCUGCCAUCUUCUUGCACUCCUGCAGACGUACGAUUGCUGCUGGCGCAGGAUCGCAAAGCUGGGUCAACACUCAACGUGGUGGGAAUUCGGCCGGUUCCGGGGGAUUACAGGCUUCUGGAGGAUAUCAAAUUUCAAAUUGUGGGAGGUGUCACACUGGUCGUCAGCCUCCUCAUUUUCGUCGCAUCUUUGGUCGAAAUCAUCGCAAACAAGAAGCAGAAACAGAAAGUGGACGCCGAACUUGAAAACAACAACAAUGUGGACGAUGCCAAAAGCACCAAAAAAGAUCAAAAAACUGGCAAAAAACCCAAACAAAGUCUCUUCCUUCGAGUCAUUCUGUGCUUUUCUGCAAUCGACAAUGGGAAAAAAAUCCUCAAUGUGGAAAAAGUCUCGCAGGAUUCGAUCAAAUGCAUCCACGGUCUGCGUUUCUUCUCCAUCGCUUGGAUCAUCAUGGUCCACACUUACCUCGAAGUUUUCUCAAUUGGUGACAAUAAAAAUUUGAGGAUUUUGACUGAGCGCAACUUCGUGUAUCAAACCGUCUCUAAUGCGACUUUUUCCGUGGACACCUUCUUCUUCAUCAGCGGCUUGCUGGUCACAAUCACUUACUUCCGAACCGCGGCCAAAAAACCGGCCAAGGAAGAGAACACGUGCAGAUCAGCCCAGACCAAUUUUUUCAAAUUCGUGAUGCUAGUCAUUUACCGAUUCUUCCGCCUCACACCUGCUUAUCUCUUCGUGUUGGGUGUGAAUGAAGUGAUUUUGCGCUACUUGCACAGUUAUUCGGUCUUUUCACCGGCGAUUAUUGACCACAUCAGUUGUAGCAACUUCUGGUGGAGGAAUGCUCUCUAUAUUAACAAUUUUUACCCCCAAACGGAGUUUUGUAUGCUUUGGUCGUGGUAUAUCGCCAAUGAUACGCAGUUUUAUCUCGUGGCUAGUGUGCUUCUCCUGAUUGCAGUGCGAGGUGAGAAACACUUGAAGUUCGCCGGUGCCGCAAUUGGCGUCUUCAUGGUGUCCUCCUGGAUCAUGACUUUCAUCAUAGCGAUGAAAUACGAGUACGUUGUAAGAGUGGAAGAACCAUUUGCGCUCUUUGACCAACUUUACGACAAGCCCUGGAUGCGGAUAGGCCCGUAUUUCGUCGGAAUGAUCUCCGGGUACUUCCUCUUCAGGGUGAAAUGCCAAGUCAAGCUUCCACUAGUUGUGGUAGUACUGGGAUGGGUACUAUCCCUGGCUUGUUUAUCCAGUUUAGUCUACGGUGUUGGUAAACUAGGCCUGGUAGUACCAACAUCAGCGUUUUACGCUUCUUUGGGGCACACAGCGUGGGGCUUGUCCCUGGCCUGGAUCACACUGGCGUGCUGCUCGGGCUACGGGGGCCCGAUCAGUGCUCUCUUAAAAUUCAAAUUCUUUCUACCUCUCAGUAGAUUAACUUAUUGCGCAUAUUUGAUACAUCCUGUAUUUAUGUGUUUGAGCAGCUUCGUCUUAGAUGGACCAAUUCAUCUCAACAACAGUCUUGUCAUGGUAAUAUAUUGUGGCAACAUUGUGGCCUCAUUCGUGUCAGCAUUCGCCAUUUCGCUCGCUUUCGAAGCACCGAUCGUAAAUUUGCUCAAAAUUAUUUUUUAAGUGUUUUAGACGUAAAGUUGUAUAUUUUGUAAAAAGCGUAUUACAAAUAAAAUAGUUAAGGAAA